AAGUUCCGUGGUGGGUGUGUUUUUCUGUUGUGGAUUGCAGCUUGAUUUACUUAAAUGGAAUAUAGACAUCCAUUUUACACGAGCCUGCUAGCCUGAGGCCUCUGUCUUUUAUGCCUUUGUCGGCACUUAGCACAACUGCCUCAGUCUAUCCUACUUCCAUGGUAACGGCAUCUGGGUGCAGGAACUCUCUAGUGGACACACGUUACUAUCCCUAGGCGACAGUCAAGGAUUUACAUAAAAUCGGUCAAAUUGAUCCUCCUCUGUUGCCUCAUUGGGCAUGCGCCUUUUCUUUUUUUUACUGAAAACAACCAAACUGCACAGAAUUCCAGUAGACUAAAACUGAUUUCUGGUUCCUUCGUAUUGAAAGAUUGUCAGGUUAUGGCAUUUCUAAACAGCAGACUUUAAUAAUGUCAAUACCUGAUAUUGCACCGAGUUAUCAAUUGGAGAGCAGCUUUCACUGAUGUGAAUGGAUAAUCUCUCUGGCACCACUAUGAUGGGUCAGGGCAGAAGAGUCCUACUCGCAUGGAUAAGUCUGAGCCUGUUUGUGAGUUUCCAUACAGUCGCAGGGGACAGAGAGCCUCAUCCAGCUUCAUACUAGAUAUGGUCAGCUGGAGGGCAGACUGGUCAGAGUAAGAGCCAGAGGGAGGCUGCCUACCUGGGGAUCCCCUUCGCUGAGCCCCCUGUCGGGCCGCUGAAGUUCCAGGCCCCCAGCCUCCCCGGGUGUGGCAGAGACUGAGAGACGCCAAGGCUUAUUCCCCCUCUGUAUGAGCUUAAGCAGUAAUGUGUUAGCGAGAGAGACAGGCAGGAAGACCGACAAACAGCCUAUACUGUUUUAUGGGGAACUCUGAAUCAUGCUUAUUCUGAUUAACAUUCUGCCAUUCACGUUUUUAUUGAUAGUGUAAUAAAAUGUCACCUUUCUUGUCCUCUUAACACAUAGGUGUCUGCAGAACAUGAACCACACUAGACAGAUGGGGGACCUGUACGGAGGUAAGUUCCCUGUCCUAACCACCUCAGAGGACUGCCUUUACCUGAAUAUCUACACACCAGUCAAACCUGGGGACCCAAGGAAACUACCAGUGAGGAGAGACAUGAGAAUAUCUAAUAUCUGUGUGACUGUCCAGCACUGGGGAUGGCCAGUACCCCGGAAUGUGGGUGUUCUGGACCAGGUGUGUGCCCUGUGCUGGGUGCAGGAGACCAUCAGCAGUUUUGGGGGAGACCCAGGAUCUGUCACCAUUUUUAGAGAGUCUGCUGGUGGUGUUGCUGUCUUUUUUGCGUGUGUACUGUGUAUCUAGGAAAACAGAUAUUUGCUGAUACAGAAAGAUGCACUGGCUGUCUGUAUGUAGGCUUACUUUGGGCACUGAUCCAUGGUUCUGUCUGUCAUCAGGACUGUUCCACAGGGCCAUCAGUCAGAGUGGAGAACCCCUCAUCUCUAUGGUCAUCCAGGAUGACCCCAAACCUGCUGCACAGCUGGUGGCACAGAGAGC